AACGCAUUGCGCAGGCGCAGCUGCUCGGCUCUUGCCCUAGCGCUACGGCCCAGCUCUCGCGGACAAGUCCCGGCAACGCGCCCCCCCUCCCUUUGGGACCGCCCCCUCCCCCUUCUCGGCGUCGUCGAAGGUAAACAAUAGUUGGCCGGCGAGCGCCGAGUGCGUCUCCCGCCGCCGGAUUCGGCGGGCUGCGUGAGACUGGCGGGAUCCCGGCCAGCCGGCCAUGGCGGGGCUGUACUCACUGGGAGUGAGCGUCUUCUCCGACCAGGGCGGGAGGAAGUACAUGGAGGACGUUACUCAAAUCGUGGUGGAGCCCGAGCCGACGGCUGAAGAAAAGCCCUUGCCGCGGCGAUCGCUGUCUCAGUCAUCGCCUCUGCAGCCGUCAUCGCCGGCUCUUCCUGGCGGCGGAGCCCCGGGGAAAGGCCCAGCGGUGGCAGCCGGAGAAGCUCGCGACCCUCCCCCGGUCGCUGGGGCCUCGCCGGCUCCUGGCCGCUGCUGUCGCCGCCGUUCCUCUGUGGCAUUUUUCGCCGUGUGCGACGGGCACGGCGGGCGGGAAGCUGCACAGUUUGCCCGGGAUCACUUAUGGGGUUUCAUCAAGAAGCAGAAGGGAUUCACCUCAUCCGAGCCGGCGAAGGUUUGCGCUGCCAUCCGCAAGGGCUUCCUUGCUUGUCACCUCGCCAUGUGGAAGAAAUUGGCAGAAUGGCCAAAGACGAUGACGGGUCUCCCCAGCACAUCAGGGACAACUGCCAGUGUGGUCAUUAUACGAGGCAUGAAGAUGUAUGUAGCUCAUGUGGGUGACUCAGGGGUGGUUCUUGGAAUUCAGGAUGACCCGAAGGACGAUUUCGUCAGAGCUGUGGAAGUAACACAGGACCAUAAGCCAGAACUCCCCAAGGAAAGAGAACGAAUUGAAGGACUUGGUGGGAGUGUCAUGAACAAGUCUGGAGUGAAUCGUGUAGUUUGGAAACGACCUCGGCUUACUCAUAAUGGACCUAUUAGAAGGAGCACAGUUAUUGACCAGAUUCCUUUUCUGGCAGUUGCAAGAGCACUUGGUGAUUUGUGGAGCUAUGAUUUCUUCAGUGGUGAGUUUGUUGUGUCACCUGAACCAGACACAAGUGUCCACACUCUUGAUCCCCAGAAGCACAAGUAUAUUAUCUUGGGGAGUGAUGGACUUUGGAAUAUGAUUCCGCCUCAAGAUGCCAUCUCAAUGUGCCAGGACCAAGAGGAGAAAAAGUACUUGAUGGGUGAGCAUGGACAAUCUUGUGCCAAAAUGCUUGUGAAUCGGGCACUAGGCCGCUGGAGGCAGCGUAUGCUUCGAGCAGAUAAUACUAGUGCCAUAGUAAUCUGCAUCUCUCCAGGAGUGGACAGUCAGGGAAAUUUCACUGAUGAAGAUGAGCUCUAUCUGAACCUGACUGACAGCCCUUCCUAUAACAGUCAAGAAACCUGCAUGACGACUACUUCCCCAAGUUCUACACCACCAGUCAAGUUGCUGGAGGAGGACCCAUGGCCAAAGCUGAACUCUAAGGACCAUAUACCUGCCCUUGUUCGUAGUAAUGCCUUCUCAGAGAAUUGUUUAGAAGUCCCAGCUGAGAUAGCUCGAGGGAGUGUCCAGGCUGCAAUCAUACCUUCAAAAGAUCCAGAACCACUCGAAGAAAAUUGCACUAAAGCCCUGACUUUAAGGAUACAUGAUUCUUUGAAUAAUAGCUUGUCAGUUGGGCUUGUGCCUACCAAUUCAACAAACACCAUCAUGGACCAAAAAAAUUUAAAGAUUUCAACUCCAGGUCAAAUGAAAGCCCAAGAAGUUGAAAGAACCCCUCCAGCAAACUUUAAAAGGACAUUAGAAGAAUCCAACUCUGGCCCUCUUAUGAAGAGGUAUAGACGAAAUGGUUUAAGUCGAGGUAGUAGUACUCAGCCGGCAAGCCUCCCCACAACCUCACAGCGAAAGAACUCUGUUAAACUUACCAUGCGACGCAGACUUAGGGGCCAGAAGAAAAUUGGAAGUCCUUUACUUCACCAACAUAGAAAAACUGUUUGUGUUUGCUGAACUAUAUUUGGAAAAUGUUUUUUUUCCCCCAAAUUUAGGAUAUGAAGGCUUUUUGAAGUUGGUGCCGAAGUUGAACUUUUUUUAAAGGGACAAAAUAAAAAUAGUAUAGUUUGACUUUUUAGGAUUCAGCAGUUUUAUCCUGGACUUGUACUUCCUUGUAUUAUAAAUGUGAAUUUUAUAGAUGUUAGGGUAUAAGUUGCUGUAAAAUGUGUGUAAAUUUGUAUCCUUUACACAAACUCAGUGUCUGAUACACAGUAAAUGUAACAACAGGGCUAAAGGUUAAAAAAAAUCAAAAGACUAUUAGAUUUUAGAAAUACUUUUAAGCUUUUAAAAAUGCUUAAAUUUGUAUAGUCACUUGUGAUGAAAACUACACAACUUUUUAAAGUAAAUUAUUAAGCAAACUGGAAAAGUGAUGUAUUUUCAUAGUGACCUGUGUUCCACUUAAUGUUUCUUAGAGACAACUAGUGUCUUUUAAAAAUUAUUUUUUAUUUCUAAUUUCAUAAUUCAGAACUAAAUUUUUCAUAGAAGCAGAAGUGGUGAGCCAUGCUCAAGUAGCUGGGUAUUUAGUCUCCUUGUCCUAAUUAAAAUACUAUGCAGUCUCUGAUUUCUGUAACAUUUUCCUAAAACAUUAAUCAUCAGAUAUCCUCACCAAAUCUUUGGAGUAGGAGGAGGUAUAUUUCCCUAAAAAGAUGCCCUUCUUAAUCAUCCCAGACAUUCAGUGGCAUUACUAGGUCUUAAAGUAGUUACUCCCUCUAGUGUUUGCAUAAAAUCUGUGAAGUUUUUCUUGCUAUUUCAAUAAUGGAUGGUGCUGCUAAUUCCCAACAUUUCUUAAAUUAUUUUAUAUAUCAUACAGUUUUCAUUGAUUAUAUGGGUAUAUGUUUGUUCAUCUAAUAAAUCAGUGAACUGUUCAUGACAUUG